AGUUGCUCGUGAACACACUAACAUGUAACAACUCUAUGGAAAAAGACACAAAGACCCCCGCCUCCUCCAUUGUGUUUGUCUAUAAUACCCUUCACCCUCCUUUUCUCUCUCUCCUGUGUGGCCUUCAUUUCUCUUCCGAACCAGCUACUACUCUCGCUCUGCUUUGAUGCUGCGCUAAUCCUACUCUGACUCGCUUCUAGAACCUUCUAAACAUGGAACGCAUCGUUGGUGGCAAGUACAAGCUCGGCCGCAAGAUCGGAAGUGGAUCCUUCGGCGAAAUCUACCUCGCGACGCAUAUCGACACCUUCGAGAUCGUCGCCGUCAAAAUCGAGAAUAGUAAAACAAAGCAUCCGCAACUGCUUUAUGAGGCAAAGCUCUAUAAUAUUCUUCAAGGAGGAAGUGGUAUUCCAAACAUAAAAUGGUCUGGCGUAGAUGGAGAGGAUAAUGUGCUUGUUCUUGACUUGCUUGGGCCGAGUCUUGAGGAUCUUUUUGUGUAUUGUGGAAGGAAGUUUUCAUUGAAGACAGUGUUAAUGUUGGCUGAUCAAAUGAUCACUAGAAUAGAAUAUGCGCACUCUAAAGGAUUUUUACAUAGGGAUAUUAAACCUGAUAACUUUCUCAUGGGACUUGGGCGGAAGGCCAACCAGGUUUACAUAAUUGAUUUUGGGCUUGCGAAGCGUUAUCGGGACUCCACUACCAAUCGCCACAUUCCUUACAGGGAGAACAAAAACCUAACGGGUACUGCCCGAUAUGCAAGUUGCAAUACUCAUCUUGGGAUUGAGCAAAGUCGGCGGGAUGAUUUGGAAUCACUAGGAUAUGUACUUCUGUACUUCCUCAGGGGAAGCCUUCCUUGGCAAGGUCUGAAGGCUGCUACUAAGAAACAAAAGUAUGAUAAAAUAUGUCAGAAGAAAUUAUCAACUCCUAUUGAGGUAUUAUGCAAAUCUCAUCCUGUGGAGUUUGCUUCGUACUUCCAUUACUGCCACUCUUUGACAUUUGAUCAGCGACCUGAUUAUGGAUUCUUAAAGCGCCUAUUUCGGGACUUAUUUGCUCGAGAAGGUUAUGAAUUCGAUUAUGUCUUUGAUUGGACCAUUUUAAAGUACCAGCAAUCUCAAAAGAAUGUAGUGCUCCCUCCAUUAUCUCCAGUUCCAGGAGCAAGUAACAGUCGAGCAAUUCCAAUGGAUAUUGAUAAUCAUCAAGGGCAUGUUAAAGAGCGUAUUAGAGUGGGCGAUGCUGCUAGUUCUGGUGUUAAAAUUCAGUUUAAGUCACCAGCAGUGAAAAAUUUUAGUCAUGAGAACCCACUUGACAAAAAUGCAAGCAUUAUUCAAUUAUUUUUGCAGAUUUUUGGAGAAGCAAAUAUUCCCUCUACUUCAUAUUCUCCUACUAGUACUUCAAAAAGGAACUCCUUGAAGCCAUCGUUGUCUCCUGAAGCUUCCAACCCUGGACAUGGGCAAGGCAAUAAAAUUGGACCUUCAAGUAGCUGGAUGUCAUCUCUUCAGCGCAUGUCUUCUGCUAAAUGAAUGCCAAAUACUCUGUGAAGCUUUAAAGAAGAUUCCGUGCAUCUUUUCCUGAAGCGUUUGGUCAAGAAUAUUUAAAUUAUCUAUUCAUGGAGACUGCAAAUGUGCUAGAAAGUUGACAGAUUGCGUAGCUCCUUUAUUGUGGCCAUUUAGUGUUGCUUCUUUCCAGAGGUGACUGCAAAUGAUUGUGCGGUAUAAAACAGACUUCCCAGGCCUCGCUCCUGUGCUGUACAUAGAUGUCAAUUUGGCACACAGCAAUAUUGUGUAUUCAUGUUUUCAUGUAACAUUAAUGUGUGAAGUAGCCCUGUUACUCCGAUAUGUUACUUGAUGAUAUUUAUCCUUGUGCCAUACAAAAAGUGGCAAACAGAAUUUGUUUGAAAACUUUUAAAUUGUUUGUCGAUAUUAUAAAUUGCAAAUUUAUUUUGACCUGGUUAUAUUUGUCUAUAAAAGAAAUGGUACAUUUACACUUUUAAUGCCCACAUCAUGUUAGUAAGCAUCAAUAGAUGGAAUUUCUUAGAAUAAAGAUAUAAAAUCUGAAAGCUUCAAAUUUAUCAAUUGUUUUCAUGUAAAGUAUUUCAGCAUAUCCUUCCUCGUGACCUCAUGAUUUGCCUUUAUGAUGGUUAGUUGCGCUUUCUUGUUAUUCACCAGGUUAUCGAAAGUAUAAGUUAUUCUGAUACUGAAGCAAACAUUAUGACUGAAAGAUCACUGAAAUAAUAGUCUCUUAUGUGUUAUCAAAGGUAGUUCUUGGUGCCAUGGCAUCUAUUUUAAACUUACAUGUUUACAUGCUGAUAUGUUAUAUGGAUUAUGUCGAGGAUGUUGUCACUUAAUUAUCAAGAUUUGUGCCUCAUCAUUUGGAACUUCUCGUUUUCUUUUAACUCUUGAGAUCUUUUUGAAAGAAGGGAGAAAAACUACAAUAUCCUGCCACCAACAAAAUUUUUAAUUUUAUAUAAUUAACAUGUGUGCCAUUGUUGGAAUAAUCAGAUAUAAUGUAAAAUAGUUGGAAUAAUCAUAUAUUUCCUGCUUCAAAUUGUCUUUGAUUUUUGUCAACAUUUUUAUGGCUUUAUUUUCGUUUUUUUAAUACAUCUAUGAUAUGAUGAUCAAGAAGCACUGCUAUACUUGUAGGUAGCACAAAUUUGACUCUUUCCCAGGUUAACUUGUACUGUUAUUCUUGAGAUGAAGAGUAUUAUCUAGUUUUACAUCAGUGUAGUUGGUUGGGAUAAACUGAUGUAUAUUUCAUGCUCCACUGGUAAAUGGUAAAUCUAACUCUGCAAGUGUGCUGCUCAAUUAUCAGUUCAUACUUUUUACUUUUGCAGGACUUCUUUUUCCAAUCAAUAUUGUCUGGAAAUUUGACGCUCCAUGAUGCUGCUACUUCUGAUAAAUAAUUCAGCAUAAACCACACAGGGUCCGGGUGAGAAUGCAUCAAGUAAACAUUGUUACUGCCAUAUCAGGUUUGAUUAUCGUUAAUGUUAAAAUGAUGUUUGGCCAGCAGAAAUCUCAUCCCACGAGUAUAGAUUAGUCCUUGGUUAUCAUAUUGUCAUACCAGUCUUUUUGAGCUGAUGAGUCAAUGUAAAAUCAUUAGUUAUUGAAAGUAGUCAUUGUCUUAGACUGGGGAUCCAAGGGAGCUACCUAGUAAUGGUGUUCGUGCUUCAAUUUAAGAAUCUUGAAUCAUCUUGCUGGCCCAAAUAUGUAAUAAUUAGAUUUGAAGUAUUGCUACAGUUGACAAGAUGAGGAUGAUUUGAUUUGUUUCUACUUGGUGUUUAGACCAUGCAAAAUGUCACCUGCCAGUAAAGUUUGCUUAGCUUUUAGGUCUGAUACAGGUUUUCUGUCUAGCACCUUCGUUUGUUGGGCCAAGACAGUGAUUCGUCUUGGUCAACUUCAAUUUGAAGUCCCAAGAUACCAUAUCCUUGUAUAUGUGACGCAGGUUAUUCUAUGAUCCUCUGUUCUGAAUCUUUGGAAAAAAAGUAAGUUUAAGUUUGAUGACCUUAGGCUUAUUAAAAAAAAAAAAAAAAAAAAGUUUGAUGACCUUAGAUUUUGUGAUCAAUUUUGUGGAGAAGAGGUAAGAUUUACACAUUGAAUUUCCAUUGCGUUAGGACUACUAGGGCUUGGCUUGAAACUAGAGCUGUUUUUAAUAUGAAUGAUUAUUGGUAAAGGUCUAUUGAGGUAUACGUAUCUCCGUUUUUUUUAUUCCAUCCACAAUUUUUGUAAGGUUCUGAAUUAAUUUUUAAUAUUAUUAUUAUGUAAAAAAUUCUACAAAGAGGCCAUGUAUCUAAAGGAAGCUAAUUUUCAUGGCCUGAACAAGAUUUGGUUCUAAACUUUGAAUGGAACUAUUUGAUCCCCAUUCUUAAGUAGCCAAUAUAUUUGGGUUCCAUUGAUAAGCCAAACCACCUGUAACUUUAAUGGCCCCUCUACCCUCCCGCUGUUUGUUCUAGUUCAGUCUAAUUGCUUAUUUUGUUCUUAACAUAUUUUAUUUCAUGUUUUCCACUAUUCUUUAGCCACACGACCAACCGUGUCAUCUCGAGUGCAUUGAUUUGGUGAAUGGAAACUCCGAACUUGCAGACUCUCUGGAGGUAUUUCAUAUGCAACCUUUUUUCUCUCUACUAGAUUAGAUACCCCAGCAUUAGAUGUUCCUGAUUCAAGAUCUCCAUGUUAUGUUAGAAACAAACAAAUUUAUGUUGAACUGUAAUGAAGAUUAUAGGGGAUGUGAAGACAGUUCCAACUUUUCCAAAGCAUCCUGCAUUUACAUGAGGUUGAUGUUUCAAACAUAUAUAGCCAAAAUAAUACUGUGUUUUAUAUUCAUAUAAAAGUGCUGAUGUAUCAAAUACUUCCCAGGUGAGUGAAUAGAAAUUGUGCUUGAAACACGGGAAAGCAGCAUUCAUGAGGUGCAUUUUCAGAAUUUGAUUAGAAGAGUUUAUUGCUGGAAUGCUAUAAGCAUACCAGUUGCAUUUAUGCUGAAUAAGGUUGCCAAUGUAUGCGGAGCUAAAUGUUAUUCAAAUGAUUCCGAUGUAAUUUAUAAUUUGAAAUGCAUGUUGCUGUC